CACACGGAGCACAGGAAAGGGAGCUCAGGAACCCGAGGUCCAAUGGCAACCCGCGGGGCCCCCCGCGAGGCGAAAGCGCCAGCCGCUGGAGCCCACUCACCAGAUGCAGCCGCCAAGAUGGCCGGGGAGCAAGAAAGGAAGUAGUUCCCACAAUGCAAAGCUCUUCACCACCCAGCCGGGAGCCCCGACCGGAAGCGGAAGCAGAUCGCAAGCGGAAAAGGCGGGGCAAGAAGGGAAGGACCGCUCCGGUUGCUAUAGGUACCGCUGGGGAGCGCGGCGUGGGUGCUGUGAGCUGAAACCAGGCGAGUGCUUGAGGCCGGCCCUGCUCGUGGCUCUGGCUUCCAGCUGUGGCCUGAGGAGCCGCGGUCGGCGGAGCCGGUUGGGAACUGGAGAACCGGCUGAAGAAGAAAGCGAGUCCUGCUUUGUCCAACCCAAACCCCGUACAUUGGGAGGAGAAUCUACUAUUUAUGACAAGGCACGGAAGGAAAGCCUUCCUCCAUUAGAGAAGCUCAAGAUUUCAGCAGCGUCUACAGCUAAUGGUGUUAAAUCCCUUCAUGAUCAGCCCCUGGCAAAGGAUGCUGCAGACCCGCUGGGAUCCACGGAGAAGAUUCGGCCUUUAGAGGGACCUCAGGAGUCUGGGCCACUUCAGCAAGAUGGCAAAGAUGAAACUCCAGGAGCAGGAGGACAGAAAGAUGUGGAAGCAGUGACAGAGGCCCAGCCUUUAGAAGGAAAUGCCGAGACGGAACCUUUAGGAACAGAAGCCAGGCAUCAGCCUUUGAGGACAGCCGGCGAGAGGGACUCCCCUGGAGCCGUAGGAGACACCGAGACUCCACAAACUGCCAGAGAGAUGAAACCUCGAAGAAGAGCUGGAAAAAUCCCACCUCUGGAAGCAGGUAGAGAGUCACAACCUCCAGAAAAGCCCCAACUCCUAGACACCGUUCCCACGGCGACUGAAGCUCCAGAAAUAUUGGAAGGACGCCAGCCUGUUGGAACAGCUGGGGAACAUCAACUUCAAGAAACACUGCGGAGGGAUGAGCAAUCCCAACUUCUAGAAACAAUGUCCAAAGGGAAAGGAUUUCUGGAAAUAUCGGGAGGAAGUCAGCUUGUGGAAGCAGCUGUAAAGAACGAUUUGAUGCCUAAAACUCCUGAAGGUCUGGUAAACAUGGAGCAGAUUCAACCUGAAGGAAUAGUCGGAAGCGUGGAGCGUCCAGCAGGAACUCUGGGAACAGGGACAAACAUGGAAAUGGUCAGGAAAGUUCACACCAAAAAGGAGGACCAAAACAUUGAAGGUGAAACAGGCGAAGAGGUUGGAACAGAGAUGGAGAAAGUUAGUGAAAGAGCUGAAACAAAAGGAGAAGAAACAGAAGGAGCUGUGGAUCUUCCAGCAGCCACCUAGAUAGGGCAUGCUGAUGCCAUCAAGAAUUGUUUUGCGAACCCAUCUUAGAAACGGGAAAGACCAUAGAGAUCAAACAGUGAAACGUGGCUGGCUUGUCAUGAAAACCGCUGGAGCGCCGGUAACACGGCUGGUUUUGCUGCUUUGGUGAAGGAAGGAGCUCCCUGGGUCGCUGUGAAUCACUGCUUUUACAUUAGCAUCAAAGACUGGCCUAAUGAUCAUGAAAGAAGUCUUUCCAGUGUCUUAAGAGCCACACUUUACUUGAAUCACUGCCCUGUUAAGAGCUUCUCUAAAAAAAA